UAGAGUGGAAUGGGGGCUGUCUUGUCAGCAAAGGAGAGAGAGAGAUAGUAGAAUGUGGGAGACAACCAAAAACAUUUGAAGCUUAGCAACAGUUGACAUAACGUCUUUUUAGGGCCCUUAGUAGGCCAUACCUUAGCACACUCGAUUGGUAUCUCAGCCCAUUAAGUCAUUUCCUCUCUGUAUUUAUAAGUCCCUACUCCCUUAGAGUUUUUCAUCACUUUCCUUCUUUCUCUUCUCUCUCUCGGUUUCUUUAGUGCAAUAUCAUAUAGAUAGAAGAUAGCUAAUAAGCUAGGCUUACUUUUACAUAUACAUAUAUAGUUAAUAUAUAAAGAUUAUUAUUGGUUGAUCAUAUUGAGCCUGUAGCCUCGUCCCAAAUGGCUGAUUUAGCAGGUUCAGCCUCCGGAAGGAGAUCAUCAAUGUGGUGUUCGGUGCCGGAAAGGCUCCAGCUGCAUGGAGCCAUGUUGGCCCUGCAAUUUGGAUAUGCUGGGUUUCAUGUUGUUUCAAGAGCUGCCCUUAAUAUGGGCAUUAGUAAGCUCGUCUUCCCAGUUUACAGGAACAUCAUAGCCCUGCUUUUGCUCCUUCCCUUUGCCUAUUUCUUAGAGAAGAAGGAGAGGCCUGCCAUGAGCCUAAAUUUCACUAUACAGUUUUUCCUUCUCGCACUUGUUGGAAUAACAGCAAACCAGGGAUUCUACUUACUGGGUCUGGACAACACAUCACCAACCUUUGCUUCUGCAAUUCAAAACUCAGUCCCGGCUAUAACUUUUCUUAUGGCAGCCUUACUCCGGAUUGAACAAGUGAGACUAAACAGAAAAGACGGUAUAUCAAAGGUUAUAGGAACCAUGUUCUGCGUGGCUGGAGCUUCAGUCAUCACUUUAUACAAGGGUCCCACUAUCUACAGCCCAACUCCACCGUUACAGAGCGCGGCAGCACCCUUACUAGAGUCUCUUCCAUCUCUUGGAGAUGCGAGCGGCAAGAACUGGACCCUCGGCUGCGUUUACCUUAUAGGCCAUUGCCUUUCUUGGUCCGGAUGGCUUGUUCUGCAAGCCCCAGUUCUGAAGAAGUACCCAGCACGGCUCUCAGUUACCUCAUGGACCUGCUUCUUCGGUCUUAUUCAGUUCGUAAUUAUUGCUGCCAUUGUUGAGAGAGACGCCCAGGCCUGGAUUUUCCACUCUGGUGGAGAAGUAUUCACCAUUUUAUACGCGGGAGUGGUGGCAUCAGGGAUUGCCUUCGCUGUACAGAUAUGGUGCAUUGACAGAGGUGGCCCUGUGUUCGUCGCUGUGUAUCAACCUGUUCAGACUCUUGUUGUCGCUAUCAUGGCCUCCAUUGCCUUAGGCGAGCAAUUUUACUUAGGAGGGAUCAUUGGAGCGGUGCUGAUCAUAGUGGGACUAUACUUGGUGCUGUGGGGUAAAAGUGAAGAAAGGAAGUUCAUUGCACUAGAAAAGGCUGCAAUCCAAGCCAGUACUAAUCCAGACCACACGGCCAGCAGCCGAACACCAGCCCACAUCAAGACCUCUCUCACUCAGCCACUUCUUCCUUCUUCAACCGAAAAUGUUUAAAUCAUCAUCAUCUUCAUCGAUAUAUUGACCUAGCUUGUUUUUAUUAAUUAACUAGCUACUACUACAGCAAGAAGUACUUUGGCUUGGCUUUUUUUUAAAAAAAAAAAUAGAGAAGCCCCUACUAGCUCCUACGUAGUACUGAUCUAUAUAUCAGAAAGCUUUUGUGUGUCAUGUAUUGAGCUUCUGUUUUCUUUUGUUUUUACCAAUAUGGCUUUCUUAUAAUUAUUAGUAGGUAAGGUUUGGAACAAAAAAAAAAGGUGAAAUCCUCAAGGGGAUGAAUAUGAUCAUUAAUGUCACUUCUGUGGGCCACAAAGCAUGAAAUAUCCCCAAAGCUUUUAUAUGUUAAUUUAAGGUUUGAUUUACUAGAAAA